AUGUCAUUUCUGGAUCCUCGCAGUCUUUGUCGCUGUGCACAGGUUUGCUGGUUUUGGAAAUAUUUAUCUGAACUGGAUCAGAUCUGGAUGCCAAAGUGUUUCAAGUUUGGUUGGUUAUUGCCAUUUGUACCGACUCCUUAUGAACAAGGAGUUUGGAAGAGACAUUACCUUGAGUGUGUGAGAGGAUUACAGUACAUGAGACCUAAGGUAGAGGAAAGGUUUUCUGUUUUGCUUUAAUAAUUUACUAAAAGCAGGCAUAAAAACAUGUAUUCAAACAGGGCUUUAAAAAGCUUGAAUUCCAGCUUGUCCUUUGGGGAAGCAGCUCUCACAGUUUGCCUGCUCAGGGCCACUUCUUGCUUGGGUUUGUUAAUGAUUCACUUGUCUUAGAAGAUGACUUGCCUUGUCUCUCGCCCAUUGGGCAGGUGAGCUGUAAAAGGUACUUACCAAACAAGAAAAAGACUUUUGGGACUCUUGGGCAGGGUUUUUUUUUAACCCUGAUUGCACUCUCUCUGUCACAGAGUUUUCCUCUGGGUAUAAAAUGACAUUACUGAAGAUCUGCCAGAUGUUUGAACCUGAGUUAAGGUUUUACGUAAGGUGGAUAGCUUUAUGUGCUGCAAAAAGCCUCAUCCAGUACAUAGGUAGUGCAACACUUAUCCACUGAAAUGGUGAUUUAUCAGGUAGAUGGCCUUUAAAUUUUGAAUAACUUAAGUUUGUUGUUUAUUAAAAAACAAGUUUUUUUUCUUUGUUCUUGACACCCUUGUAUCUUGCUUUCAUGUUCAGAGCCUAUGGCUCCAAAAAACGUUGAGACAGUCAAACAUCUCAUAAUGAACUUACCUCUACAAAAUGGACACAUCUUUUUCAGGGACAGUUCUUUUGUUCUCAGAUGCAAAAUUUUGUACAAUCCCUUCCAUUUUAAAGCAAAAACCUCUUUUCCUCUGGUGUCCACAUUAGGGGGAUUUCACCAAUUUACAACACCACACUUUUAGAUCGAAUUUUGAUUCUAUUAGAGACCUUCUUAGGGAGGGAGGUACAUAUGCCUCCAGUCUGAAUUUCAAUUGCAGUCAUUUUGCAUUUUGAGUCCUGAGUAGGCCAUGUCCUGACAGUAUUUAACCCAUCUUUAUGUCGUUUGUGUCCAUUUCAUGUAGUCGUAUGUUCCUGUUUCCAGGCCAUGUCGCUUUGAGAUUUUACCCUAAUGGGACCUCUCUUUAAUCUAGGAAAUACAUUGCCUGCAUAGCAGCUGCUCCAUCUCUUUUUUGCUCCUUUCACAUGGUACAUGGUAUAAAAGAAUGUUAAAGCUGACAUUUUAGGAACUAGCUUCUUACUGGUCUGUGUUUCAAAUGUAAGCUUUUGACCCUGGUCUAUACAGUGGCCAAUUCACCAUUUUUGACCUCAAAGUGCUCAUCAUUAUUUCUGUGUUUUGCCUCCCACCUCUAACAAGUUCGUUACUUUAUCCUUUAAGCCCCUGACUUCAAACAUUCGCAUACAGAAUUGGUUGAGAGAAUCUGACAAAAGGUCAGCGCGUUUUCUCAUUCAUGAUUAUUAACUUAUUGGUUCUCAUAAACUUGAUCAUUAAUUUAUAAUUAGGAAUGAGGAUUAAAACACAAAACCUUUCUUUAACAGUCACCACCAGGUUCUCCAAAGGUAGUUCCCGCUGAAAAAACAAUAUCACGGAGUCAGAGUCAUGGCAGCCUGUUUAAAAAGACAAAUAAAAAGCCAGCAGCAAGCCAUGAUGUCCCCCCCUGGAGGGGUCCAGAUCCUCGUCCUAAUGAUAUUAAAAGAAGGCUAACUACUGAAGGACAUGUAGGGGGGUGCAGGUGAGUGUUACAGCUGCACAUCAGUUUAUCAUGCUCUCAUAACCUUUGUUGGGAAUUAUGCGCCAAUAGUGUGCGUACAUAUUUCAUAGUAUAUUUUUAUCCUUUUUGCCUUAAUAAUAUUUCAGUUUGAUGGCAACGCUGAUUGCUAAAUAAUUAGCUCAUGAUCUCCGAUAAGUUCAAGGAACAGUCACAAAGUGAACCGUGAUAACUGAUAAGAUAUUUGGGUUCCUUAAUUGAUAUCGUGGAAGUAAUGCUAAAUGUCAAUCACUUUGUAACAAUAUAGGUUAGGUUUCAUGUGUAUUGGCAUUUGGGGGAGUCGAGGGGAGAAGAUCAUGCUAUCAAAACCAACUUGUUGUGCGGAAAAUAUUUGUGAGUGAGUGAGUUGCGAAAACUGUGACUUUAUUGUGAAUAAAGCUACAUCAAAGAGAUGAUCUGCUGAUGUUGUUAGGAGAAAAUUGAUGUUGGUCAGUCUUGAGACCUAAAGGGUUAAAGUGGAGUACAUUGUAUUCACAGGACUGUGCUUCAAAAGGGCCCUAUGGCCCCAACCUGGCCCCAUUUCUUGCUCUCACCUCGGGCUGGUCAGUGGUCAAUGUCUGGCCAAGAUGACCAUUUGUCCAGAAAAACGUUGGGUUUGCAGGUCAUUUUGAGAAGACAUAUUUAAAAAUAAGUGACCAGCAAAAAAGAUGUAUUUUUACUCCAUCCAUUAGACUUCUGAGGUUUCUAUCAUGAGGACAAGUAUGACUAUCGUUUUUCACUUAACGUUUGCUUGUAACGAUAAUAAUUUUAACAUUCACUCGAUAAUCAUUGACCAGUCAGAAGAGAGACAUGGCUGAGCUAAAAUUUCUUUGGCCAGUCAAAUACGACCGGCAACAACUCAAACGUUUUUGAGCCCUGAUGUCUACCUAAAACUUGCUCAUGUCCGACAAAAUCCCAAACUCAUUCACAGGGGAUUUGCACAGUAAUUAAAGAGGUUAUAAGUCAACCAUAAUGUAUUUUCAACAGAUUUUCUGGUGUGUGUAUGAUAAGGGCAGUGAUCUGGCCGGAGAUAUGCCCUUUCUAAAAGGAAAAAUCUAUGCAGGCCGGAGCAUCGGCGUAAGCAACUUUUCCCACAGAAAUUAAGGCAAGAAGGGGGCAAAAGAGAAACAAAAAAGGAGGCCAGAGCAGGUGGAAGAAGUCAAGGUGGUGCAAUGGCAUUCCGUUUCUCCCAACUUGAAGUCUCGAAAGUUUGCCUCCUGUUUAUGCCUGAACUUUAAAGAAAACCUGUGAAUUGGCAUCAGAAAGAAAACCCAGCCUAGUGCUUGACUCAGUUGUAAACAAUGUUUUCGAGAACAAACCGUACAUACAUUGACACUUUUUUGUUUUUGUUUUUGUUUGUGUCAAGACGCUGCCAUAUGUCUUCACAUACAGAACACAGUGAUCAACACGAACAGACGCCUAAAAAGGGAACAACCGCUAAAUCUACCAAACCAAGAAUACGGCCAGCUACGGUAAGACUACAGUUAAACGCUUUAGGAACCCAUGAGUCAUCUCAUACUAGCUCAUAUUAGAGUAGGUGGAACAUUUUGUCCGGGAGAGUAUAGCCUGAGAAGACAACCUACAUUCCACGACGUUACCAGUGAUUUUCCCGCGAAAUGGUGUCUAAGAAACGACUGCAGAUAUUCCUUACUGAUAACGUGUCACUACCCAGAUCUGUUUAGUGCUUCUCAUUGGUCCUGCCAAGAAGGGAACUUUGCCUCAACCAAUCAGAAGAAUAACCCAGAUCUGGGUAGUGACGCGUUGUCCGUAGAUGUCAUUUCGUGGGGAAACCAGCGGUGGCGUCACUGUAAAAUCACCGGCUGUUGUCUCAGCUGCAGAGAGCGUAGUCCGAAAUACGACUGUUGUUGUUGACUGUGUGGUAGCCAUCUUCUUACAGUGGCCUUAUUACAGUAGUUCAUUUUGUAUGAUCAUACUCAAAUCCUUUUAUUUUGAACACAGCCGACUGGAAAAACUUGCUUAUAACAGUGACACUGCAUGCAAGUAGAGUAGAAGAAAUUUCGAUUUACACUCUUUGGAAGAGGAUUAAAAUCGAUGUAACAAAAAAAAAACUAACAGGUGAAACAGGAUAGAAACAGAAGAAAUACAUUUCCUACAAAUUAAGUCUCGGUGGGCAAGCAUAACCCGUUCUUUCAGGGUUAUUAUUCAUGCAAAAUUCAUUGACAGGUUCUAUAUUUCGUGAAGUUUACUGUUACCUAAGAGUCACGAAUUAAGUAAAACAGAACCCGUGCAGUUUGUGUAUCGAAUGUAUCAUUCGUUAUUUUUAACUUUUCAGGCAAAUUUUGCACCCGAAACUGAAGCAGCAGGGACCAAGUUUAACAGCAGAUCUGGGCGCCCUGACUGGGCGGUACAGGCAGCCAUAACUCCUGUCCGAGCAAAUCGCCCACCACCCCCAGAGCUGAAACCCUCGGCGCAGUCCCUUGGAAAUGCAAGAGGGGUCAGAGAUCGACCAGGUAUAUACUAGUUACACGAUGCUUGUGCGUGAUAUACUGUGAAAUACUUCCAGAGUGACUCACUAUAGUAAGUUACGUACAUAUAUACUAGUUCAUAUUUUGAAGAGAACCCGUAGCCAGGGAUACUGCGGAAUAUGCAUCGUUUUUUCUUUUCUGCCCUGUAUUCUUCAGGGCAUUGGAUAAGUGCACGUGUACAGAUACAUUUUUUUUAAGCUGUUGAAGGGGCUGUGUCACGGCAGUCCAGUUCAUUUUGUUUAAUUUUGCCAAUUACUCGCCCUCAAUGGCUAUGGAACUUUAAGUAAGCAAAGAAAUUACAUGUACAUGACAAAAUCAGGGACCCGAGACAAGCAAAUAUGUCUCCUGAGCAUUAUUUUUGAAGUUGCAAGCAGCAGGGAUCAAUUUUGAAAAACUGUUAGGUUGAACAGUUUUCAAAAAUCCUAAUUUUAAUCCGUUUCAAUCUUCUUCAGUUUUGCCCAUCCGUGACAUCUGCUGUAUCUGUUAUGUUAUUUUAACCUUCCUCUAAAGUUUUAAGCGGUUAUUUUUAUGUUUCUCUUAAUUUAACGGGCAUGAUAAUUUCCUAAUUUGGCUGAAUUUCGUGACACAUCUCCUUUAAACCUGUAGAAUAAAAGAGUUCAAGGUGGUGUGUAAAUCAAUGUGGGCUUGGCUUUAGCUUUCGUUAGAAUGAUUUCCUUGUACUCACAACUGACUCAACGUGUACAUCGACUAAGUUGCUUUUCUUUUACACUUCUCUUCUUUGUGCUACUUUUAUGUAAAGCUACGUGCGAGGCCUCGUUGACCCCCAGUUGGGUGUGGUCUAUCUGUCAUGGGGAUAGGGCCCGCAGUCAUUGGCGUCAUGCUGUUGAGUUGUCCUUGCAAAAUUGGCAAAUCUAAGUAUACAAAUAUGAAGCAAAUAAAUUCAAAUUAUCUUUCUUGUUUUAGGCGCGGAGUUGUUCAGGAGUCAGCCUUGGACAAGACCACCCGACUAUGACUCUGACUAAAGAUACAAGACUGACAUUUUCCACUUGGUUACAAAUUCAAUUCCGGAUAGCCAUUUCGUCCACUUCCUGGCCAAUAUAAGAGAAUAAUUUUAGUUUUAUGAAAAGUUGAAGAAUAAAAGCACAGUAAGAAACUCUGCCAACAGAUUUUAUAGACAAAAUUGACCAACUAAGGAAAAUGUUUUACAAGGAAUGUUUUAUAGUCAUACUUUAUACAAAUCUUUACCUAUACUUAGCCCGUAAAGCGUCAAAAUAUGUAAGCAAGUAAAUCUUAGUAAAAAAAAAAGAACAGAAUACUUUGUAUAUAAAGCUAGUAAGACAACCAGAAUACUGUCGUGGAAUAUAUUGUUCAUCCUGUUAAUACUAUUUUAAUGAUAUUAUCAUGUUGAACUUUGUUUUCCGUUCUACUGCAGGGUUUUAUAACUAGAGUUUGUUAAAGAAAACGUAUUUAUUGAAUUUUUUUUAUUUAAUGUAAUAUAGCAGGGGCUCUUGAAUAUAGCAAUUGAAGUACGUAAGAGGGUGAAUUAAGAGGUCAAUAAAGGUUCAUAAGGUCAUUU